UCCCCUUUGUGCUGGAGAAGAUGGCGGCGCGGGCGGGAUUCCAGUCGGUUACUCCCAGCGGCGGCGGCGGUGGGGCCGCUGCUGGGGCCGGCGCGCUGGGUCCGGGCACGCCGGGCGGGCCGGUGCGCAUGGGCCCGGCUCCGGGACAGGGCCUGUACCGCUCGCCGCUGCCGGGAGCCGCCUACCCGCGCCCCGGAAUGCUACCGGGCAGCCGGCUGGCGCCGCAGGGCCCCGCCAUGGGGCCGCCCGGUUACGGCGGGAGCCCGGCGGUGCGGCCCGGGAUGGCGCAGGCCAGCCUGGACCAGGCCCGCAAGCGGCCGGCGCCGCAGCAGCUCCAGCAGGUGCAGCCGCAGGCCGUGCCCAACCGCAACCACAAGCCCCGCGGGGAGAUGCUGGGUUUCGGGGUGCAGGCAGGGCCCCCUGGAAUCGGAGGCGCUAAGAAGAAGAAGAUGGCUGACAAAAUUCUACCUCAGAGGAUUCGUGAACUCGUACCCGAGUCUCAGGCCUAUAUGGACUUGCUGGCUUUCGAAAGAAAACUGGACCAGACGAUCAUGCGGAAACGCUUGGAUAUCCAGGAGGCUUUGAAGCGACCCAUUAAGCAAAAACGAAAGCUACGUAUUUUUAUCUCCAAUACCUUCAAUCCAGCCAAGUCUGAUGCGGAGGAUGGUGAAGGGACAGUUGCCUCCUGGGAGCUCCGGGUGGAAGGACGGCUGUUGGAAGACUCUGCUUUGUCCAAAUACGAUGCCACCAAGCAGAAAAGAAAGUUCUCAUCCUUCUUUAAAUCUCUGGUCAUUGAACUUGAUAAAGACCUGUAUGGCCCUGACAAUCACCUGGUAGAGUGGCACAGGACUGCGACGACUCAGGAGACGGACGGCUUCCAGGUGAAGAGGCCGGGAGAUGUAAACGUGCGCUGUACUGUCCUUCUGAUGCUGGAUUACCAGCCUCCCCAGUUCAAACUGGAUCCCCGCUUGGCUCGUCUCUUGGGGAUUCACACUCAGACGCGCCCGGUGAUCAUCCAGGCGUUGUGGCAAUACAUCAAGACUCACAAGCUGCAGGACCCCCACGAGCGGGAGUAUGUCAUCUGUGACAAAUACCUCCAGCAGAUAUUUGAAUCUCAGCGGAUGAAGUUCUCUGAGAUCCCCCAAAGGCUUCACGCGUUGCUUAUGCCCCCGGAGCCGAUCAUCAUUAAUCACGUGAUCAGUGUUGACCCAAACGACCAGAAGAAAACAGCCUGCUAUGACAUCGACGUGGAGGUGGACGAUACCUUGAAAACUCAGAUGAAUUCCUUCCUGCUGUCCACAGCCAGCCAGCAGGAGAUCGCGGCGCUGGAUAACAAGAUUCAUGAAACAAUAGAGACAAUUAACCAGCUGAAGACACAGCGUGAGUUCAUGCUGAGCUUUGCCCGAGAUCCUCAGGGCUUCAUCAACGACUGGCUACAGUCCCAGUGCCGGGAUUUAAAGACAAUGACUGAUGUGGUUGGGAAUCCUGAAGAGGAGCGUAGAGCUGAGUUCUACUUCCAGCCAUGGGCUCAGGAAGCCGUGUGCCGAUACUUCUACUCCAAGGUGCAGCAAAGACGGCAGGAACUGGAGCAGGCCCUGGGAAUCCGUAACACAUAGGCUGCUCCGCUCCUCCCCAGCCAGAAGGCAGCACAGCUAUUUUUGGCGACGGAGAGCUGCAGAGUACGCCGUUAAGGCUCACAUAAACCCACUCCGGCAGCGAGGCCCACGUCAUUAUUCAUCCUGGCAUUGUCCCUCUUGGGGCAGCUCCAGGACAGCUGGGGUCUUCUGGGGUUGUGACAAGCAGCCGGGCUCCGCUGA